CCCGCCCCGCCGCGCGUGCGUGGCGGGCGCAUCCCGGGUCGGCGCGCGGGGGGACGGCGGCAGAGGCUGGCAAUGGUGCUGGAGACUCUGGCCCGCAUCGUCAAGGUCCAGCUGCCCGCCUACCUCAAGCGCCUGCCUCUGCCCGAGAGCGUCGGCGGCUUCAUCCGCCUCACAGUUUCAGAAUGGCUGCGGUUACUGCCUUUCCUGGGCGUGCUGGCCUUGCUCGGUUACCUUGCUGUUCGUCCCUUCCUCCCCAAGAAGAAACAGCAGAAGGAUAGCUUGAUUAACCUCAAGAUACAGAAGGAAAAUCCCAAAGUAGUGAAUGAGAUAAACAUUGAAGAUCUGUGCCUCACUAAAGCUUACUGCAGGUGUUGGCGUUCAAAGACGUUCCCUGUCUGUGAUGGCUCCCACAACAAGCACAAUGAAUUAACAGGAGAUAAUGUAGGUCCACUAAUACUCAAGAAGAAAGAAGUAUAGCAGAUACUUCAUCUACAUCACGACUGAUAAAAAGUCUUUUAUACUGUUGUAGUUGCAAGGGGCAGCGUUUUAUGUGAUUGAUAUGAUUCAGUUUCAUGAUUGCUGUAGAUUUCUUUUUGGAAUAAACUGCAUUUAGACAGUGAUGAAUUUGUCACUGUUUUGGUACAUUAUUCAGAAGAAUUUUGCCUGCUUUGUAAAACUGUAAAGUACCUAUCUCUGUAAAUAAGUCAUUUAUUUCAAGAAUAAAUUGACUUUCUACAAUUAUGCCUUUUUUGUAUAACCAUACAAUUAUAAAACUGCCAUUAAUUCAAGUGAUGUUAAAUGCACUUUUCUGUUGAGUUUGUUCUGCUGAGAAAUCAUGUUUUACUUUGCUUUUCAGGAACAAAUUUAAAUGUACUUAAGUGAGGGAGAAAAAGAUACCUCCUUUGUGUAUAUAUAUUCAGGCAGCAGAUCAGUGUUAAGCCAUGCAAGCUGAAGGUCUGGCCUGCGUGGUGCCUGAGUGGGCAGUUCGUUGGUCUUACACAAAGCAGCCCAGCUCAGACAAACCCCACACUGCUGGAAAGUUUCACACAGCAUCCCAGGUGGAGUGCUGGCAGUUCCAGCCAUAUAUAAACCAAACUAUUGAGCAGGUCAGCCACAAACAUUACUCCUGUAUUUUGGGCCCUGUGGUGAUGAUAAGGAAACAAAAUUUGCCUCCUGCAAGUUCACUUGCACUGUAGUCACUAUUUUUUGCAAUGGGAAUUUUCAGGGGAUGAAUGGGUUAAGAGACAGAAUGGAGGAUGCAGAGCUGAGCUGUUCUCUUGGCUUGUUACCCGUUCAGAAUUAUUAUUUAGGCAAGUCAGAACAUUGCUGUGGUGAGGCUUAAUUUCAGAUGCAGAUAAUUACUACUUACCUAACUGCUAGAUUUCUAAUUAAUUGUUCUAAAGUGCUUCAUUCUGUCAUGAAAUGGUGUAUCUAUCAGUUUAAAAAUAAAAAUUUGGUCCAUGCUAUA